UAUCAUAUCAAUUUCGUUUGAUUCUUUCAAUAAAUUUUGGAUCUCAAAACCCAUAAGCCAUUAAAUUCUGUAGAAAAUUUCAUAAUCAAAAUUGGAACAGCCAUGGACGCACAGCAGCAGCAGAGAGAAGCAUCUCCACAGCCACCACCACCGCCGGCGGCGGGCGGAGGUGGAGGUGGAGGCGGAGGGGGAGGCGGAGAUUUCACAGCCAUUUUCACUAUUCUAUUGUCCUUCAUCGCUAUUGCCUCUAUGGUUAUUAUCCCUACUGUGUCGACCUUAAGGCAAAGCUUAGCUAUCUUACAUCAAGUUCCCGAAGGCCAUGUUGGGGUUUAUUGGAGAGGAGGUGCCCUUCUGAACACAAUUACAGAUCCAGGUUUUCAUUUGAAAUUGCCCUUGAUAACCCACUUCGAGCCCAUUCAAGUGACCCUACAGACUGAUUUGGUGCGGGAUAUACCCUGUGGAACAAAAGGUGGUGUUAUGAUCAACUUUGAGAAGAUAGAAGUUGUUAAUCGUCUUCACAAGGAUUAUGUACACGAGACUCUGCGCGACUAUGGUGUACAAUAUGACAACACAUGGAUAUAUGACAAGAUCCAUCACGAGAUCAAUCAGUUCUGCAGUGCUCAUUCCCUGCAGCAAGUUUACAUUGACAUGUUCGAUCAGAUUGAUGAGAAAAUGAAAGAUGCUCUUCAGGCUGACUGCACACGUUAUGCUCCAGGUAUUGAAAUACUUAGUGUGCGUGUCACUAAACCCACCAUUCCAGAUAGCAUAAGGCGGAAUUUUGAACAGAUGGAAGAGGAACGCACCAAGGUCUUGAUUGCAAUGGAGAGACAGAGAGUUUUUGAAAAGGAAGCUGAGACACAGAAAAAGAUAGCCAUAAGUGAAGCUGAAAAGCAUGCUCAGGUUAGCAAGAUCCAGAUGGAACAGAAGUUGACAGAGAAAGACAGCUUGAGGAGGCAAGAGGAAAUUUCUAAUACAAUGUACUUAGCUCGGGAGAAAAGCUUGGCUGAUGCCGACUUUUAUCGAACAAUGAAAGAAGCAGAAGCAAACAAGUUGAAGCUAACUCCACAAUAUCUAGAACUCAAAUUCAUCGAAGCAAUUGCUAACAACUCAAAGAUUUUCUUUGGUAACAAGGUACCUAAUAUGGUUUUGGAUCAGAGGCUUCUCGGAAACUUUUUGCAAAAUGUAGCCGGGAAAGGAAACGUUGCAGAGGAUAGCUCUUAAAUUUGGUGUUGGUCCUAAAACUAUAUGCCCAAGUGAAGGUGAAUAAUGGGAAAGAAGAAUCAUUUCAGUUUAUGAGAGGGAAAGUUACUGUUCAAUGUGCAUGAAAUAUAUACCUAUGUGCCUGAUUAUUAAAAGUUUUUUUUCUUGUUUUUUCAUCUUACUGCAUUCAAAUACUGCUUAAAUGUAAUGUCUUUAAUCUUCUUCCUGAUUGAUUUUUUGUAAGCAGUGUUGUAAAAGGAACGAGUUCUUUCCAGCAUAAGAAUCGAGUUAAUUGUUCCAA